AUGGCUCUCCAGAAGGUGGCGGGGCAAGUUCAACCUGAAUCUCUCACUGACACCCAGCUGCGAGAGAUUGUGCGUCUACUGCCAGAGGAGGUGGAGCACUUCCGUAAAAUGUUCGAACUUGCAGCUGGAAGCGGUCAGACUACCUUGCAGGGCAGAUUGGCAGUCGCCUUCUUCGCUCGCUCUGGUUUACCGCAACAAACUCUCAAGACCGUGUGGGCUACAUGCGAUCGAGGACAGAAAGGCUUCUUGACUCGCUCUGAGUUUGUUCUCGCCGCCAGGCUGGUGGCACUUUCUCAGGUCGGUCUGCGGCCUACAUUGGAACAGCUCAUCAACUACAAGCAAAAGUUUCCGAUCCCCAAGUUUGAACUGCCAGACAACAUCUACACCGACGACUUUGAUGUCUCCGAGUCGGAAAGAGCAAUCAAGCACGAAUAUGACACCAACACUCAGAAGUGGAGGAGAACUCUGGUCAAUGUCGUCAUCGAUCGGUACGCAUUUGCCGAAGGCGCCAUGCGAGCCGCGUAUCACAUGAGAGAUCUGUCGGCCAGCGGAGAGAAGUCUCAGUUUGUCGCCAAGAUCGCAAAGGUGAUAGGAACGCCUGUAGCCCAGUACUUCGACGAUGUUCGGAUGCAAACUGAAGCUCAAAAGUGGGCGCAUGAGUUUAACGGCAAGAACGUGCCGAAGCGCGUGGAGUUUAUCGCCGCCUAUGUCAUGGAGCUGAUUGACCGUCCCAACCGACCGAUUUGCGGGGUCGAGCUGUUUGUUCCAGGGCAGUACGUCAAGUACAACAACAACUGGGAUUGGAGCGACGACCGCCGAAACACCCCGCAGGCCUUUUCACACUUCACCUGGGAGGCAAGCAACCACCAGCUGCUCAUCUGUGAUAUUCAGGGAGUGGCGGACAAGUACACGGACCCGCAGAUUCACUCGAUCAACGGAGGAGGAUACGGGCAGGGGAACCUGGGGAUGAAGGGGAUCAUGAAGUUCCUCGAGAGUCACACGUGCAAUCACAUCUGCAGAUUCCUCAAACUCCCGGCAAAAGCCAGCAAGCGAACAGACGUGGGGACUGUGGUGAUGGGAGGACACGGGCAAGGAACGCAUGCUCCGCAUCAGACCAAGUCUCCUGGCAAGAUGGAGGAGGUGGUGAGGAACCUCCAGGUGCAAUGGCAGCAGCAGCUGCAGGGGCUGCAGCAGCAGGCGCAGAACAUCGCAAUGGCAAAGUUGAAUGCAGAGAGGAGAAAGAUGCAAGAACAGCACAUGUUAGAGCAGAAGGAGCAGCAGAGACUGCUAGAGAUGGAGCGACGAAGGCUGGAGGAAGAGAAGAUGAGAUGGCUGGAGUCGGAGAAGAAGAAGCUGGGAGACCAGAUGGAGCGAAGGCUCGAGGACGAGAGACGGAGGGUUGAGAAGGAGGACGUCCAAGAGUUUCACGUUGCUGGAGGACCGCUGGACAGACCUUCAGCUGGGCAGAGCAUGCGGAGGAUCAUCGGGCAAGUGGAUCCUGCAGGGCUGACGGAGCUCUUUGACCUCAAGAAGCCUCUGCCUCCACACAAGGAGGCGAACGUGGGCGCGAUGGCUGCGAGACGAGACUCAGGUGGAGGAGACAGUCUACAUGAGCUGCAGCUCUUGAAGGAUGCGCUUCCCGAGCACUGGGUGCGAUUCGAGGAGACUCAAACCUUUUUUUCCGUCCUCCCCGCCUCUGCUCCUCCUCCUGCUCCUCCUCCUGCCCCCGCCCAUGCUCCUGCUCCCGUUCCCGCUCCCGCAAUCGCCCCAGCUGCAGCCCCAGCUCUUGUUAAUCGUCCUCCUCGCUUCCAACACGGGCUUGACGAACUUCACGGAAUCGUCUUGGACUUCGGGCAUGUGACUCCUAGGGUCGAUCAGAUGGCAGCCUCGAACGAUGAGACAGCAGCAGCAGCAGCAGCAAGAGGAGGGGAGAGCAGGGCGGUGGAUGAAGGAGCGAGAAAAGGAAGCGAGAAGGAGGAAGAGGCGCAGGAGGCGAAGAAUGAGUUCGACACGUGCAUGGAAGACAAGGACAGGAACUCAGGGGAUCUGAAAAACUGCAUGCUCCUCAAGGUAUCGCAAGAGCUGGACAAGAUGCAGGACAAGAGUUGGACCCCGGCGCAGGAAGAGAGGCGAGUGAAGAUAGAGGAGGAGCAUCCCUGCUUUGCGUUUGCCAAUCACCACGUGGCGAAGGUGAAGGAGAGGAGUAGUUCAUUGCCCAAGCAGCUCAUGAUGACACAACAAUGA